GGUAUCGCCAUCGAGUUGGCAUUAAAAGGGAGGACGGGGGACCGUAUCCAACACAUUUGCUCUUCAAGCAGUUCCAUCUUGGUUAUCUUAAAUUCUUUCUCAUACUUGCAAUCCAAGCUUCUUAUUGUGAAAUCUCGCGCCCUGUCAACACCGAGUUCUCUUCACAAUAAAGGCAAUGAAUAGGGGAUACAUUCCCUUACUGAUAGCGUUGGCUCAGACUACAGGGUCGUUGGCGAAGACGGUGACAUACGACUGGAACGUGACCUGGGUAUUUGCUAGCCCAGAUGGAUUUGGAAGACCAGUCAUAGGGAUAAACGACGCCUGGCCUUGCCCGACGAUCGAGGCAGAUGUUGGCGAUUUCGUUAAGAUCAACUUGAAUAACAAAUUGGGGAAUGAGACUACUGGCCUCCAUUUCCAUGGUAUCAAUCAAAUAAAUUCGAACUUCAUGGACGGCGCCGUCGGUACGAACCAGUGUCCACUGCCCCCAGAUCAUGCUGUCGUAUACAAGUUCUAUGCAGAUGCCCCCGGUACAUAUUGGUAUCAUUCCCAUAGCAUGGGGCAGUAUCCAGAUGGCUUUCGUGGUCCGCUCAUUAUUCACGAUACUGAUGAUCCUUAUAAGGAUGAUUACGACGAAGAAGUUAUACUUACCCUUUCUGACUGGUACCGGGAUCAGACGCCAACACUAAUGGAGGUAAUGAUAAAUCCAGAUAAUACCCAAUUCGCACCGCCGCUUCCAAAUAGUACGCUCGUCAACGAUGGCGGUAAUACUCACAUCUCUGUCAAGGCUGGAAAGACUUACCGUUUCCGGAUAAUUAACUGGUCUGCAAUGUUCGCUACAUUCAUCCAGUUUGACUCCUUGGACAUGGAUGUAAUUUCGAUGGACGCAUCAUACGUGGAAAGGCAGUCCGCGAAACAACUAAGAGUAUCUGCGGCACAGCGGUUCGACGCUUUAAUAACCAUACCUGAAGAUGCCGAUCGGAACUUUCCGUACUUAGUUGCGUUGGACAUUAAUCAAGACUAUACAGAUAAGGAUCCGCCGAGACCGGUCGUGUACCUGUUAAACGUCACGGGGAUGUUGGUCACAGACUCCGACAAAGACACGAGCGGGACUCUGACGGUCGACAAGUUCGAGCCUUUCGACGAUUCGACUUUCCAGCCUCACGAUAGCAAGGAGGUGUAUGAUCCGGUCGACAAGCAGCUGGUGCUAAAUUUCGACUACUGCUUCGACAUCAACAACUACCCUAGAGCGUGCUUCAACAACUCGACUUACAUCGCGCAGAAGGUGCCCGCGCUGUACACCGCGGCCUCCCUGGGGGAAAACAACACGGAGACGGCCGCGUACGGCCCCGUGGGCGCGUUCGUCGUCGAGUACGACGAGAUCCUCGAGAUCGUGGUGAAUAACAACAACGACGCGAUCCACCCGUUCCACAUGCACGGGCACCAGUUCCAGGUGCUCGCGCGGCCGGCGAGCCAGGCGGGGAACUGGAGCGCGGACGCGGUAUCCAUCAACUCGGUGCCGCCGCGGCGGGACACGGUGGCCGUGAACCCCAAGUCGUACGCGGUCUUCCGCAUCAAGGCCGACAACCCCGGGGUGUUCCUGUUCCACUGCCACGUCGAGUGGCACGUCGAGAUGGGGCUGAGCAUCACGCUUAUCGAGGCCCCCGACAAGCUGCGCGACUACUCGAUCCCGCAGGACCACCUCGACGCGUGCGACGCCAUGGGCAUCCCCACCACGGGGAACGCCGCGGGGAACGAGGACUGGGCGGAUACGAACGGCUUUGUUACCGUCCCGCCUACUACUUAUACCGGUUCCCUGUAUACGGAGUCCAGUUGAAAAGCGAGAUUUGAGGCAGAGCUAUGUCAUGUCAUGUGUUGGAGGGAGUAGAAAUUGUUGCAAACAAAUUGGUGUCUGGAAUUUGGUAUUGUGAAUAUCUGAGUAUAUUGUUAGUGAUUGUAUUCUGUUUUGCCGGGACAUAAGACAAUUACAAGUACAGAUUUCCUGUUCGUGGAAUGUAUAGGGAUCAUAUUGAUAUCUAGUUCGAAAAGUUAGUAUAUUCAGGACGUGGAGCUUAAAGCGUCCAAGUCCAUUUCAAAGCAUCGUAUGCUAUUAUAGGGUACCUAGUAGGUAAGAAGAGCU